AUGUUGGCUGCCGAAUCUUCUGCAAAGAAAUGGAAAAACUGGUGGCUACGAACUAUUACCACGUUCAUGAUGAUUGGUUCCUUCUUUACCAUUCUGGCCUCGGGCCACAUGUGGAUCGUCUUGAUGGUUACAGCCAUUCAAACUAUAGUAUAUGGUGAAGUUGUCCAGAUUGCACAAGCCCCAGCUAAGGAAAGCCAAGUGCGUUGGUACAAGACGCUUUCAUGGUACUUUUUCGUGACAGCAAUGUAUUUCUUUUAUGGAGAGUCGAUCAUCUACUAUUUCCAAGAAAUAAUUCUCGUCGACGCUUUUCUGUUGCCAUUCGCCACCCAUCACAGAUUCAUUAGCUUUGUACUUUACGUUAUUGGUAAUCAUUUUAUCGUGAACAAUAUCCUUGAAGGAUUAAUCUGGUUUGUGCUGCCAGUCUCUUUGGUGAUCUGCAACGAUAUUUUUGCAUAUGUUUGCGGAUUCUUUUGGGGCCGAACACAGCUUAUUAAGCUCAGUCCUAAGAAGACCGUUGAAGGAUUCUUGGGCGCAUGGCUCUGUACAUUGGUCUUUGGAUUUUUGUGGGCCACCUUGCUUAUGCAGUUUGACUACAUGGUUUGUCCAGCCAAGGAUCUGGCAACAUCUGCUUGGGCGGCAGAACAAUGCAACCCAAAGAACCCAGUGUUCACAGCUAAGCCUUGGGCAAUUCCAGAAGCGCUGGUCCCAAUUACGGAAUAUGCGCAUUUGUCAGAAAUUUGGAUUGCACCUAUACAAAUCCACGCUUUGAUCAUGGCUUGCUUUGCUUCAUUGAUUGCUCCAUUCGGUGGCUUUUUUGCAAGUGGUCUUAAGCGAGCAUUCCAUAUCAAGGACUUUGGUCAGAGCAUCCCUGGACACGGAGGCAUGACGGAUCGCAUGGAUUGUCAGUUCCUUAUGGGCUUAUUUGCAUCGAUCUACUAUCAGAGCUUUAUCAAGACGUACAAUCAAUCCGUGGGGCAGAUUCUGGCCUUGGUCGUUGGGAACCUCUCCUUGAACGACCAACUCGAACUGCUGGAGAGGCUGUUGACGUUCUUUGUCAAUCAGGGCGUACUGGAUUCGACGGUUCUCGAAAAGUGCGGAGCAAGUGCAAUUCUCACAGCAGCAAAUUAA